UGCUUUAAAAAAUAUUGAUGCUAUUGCAUGCAUUGGCACAUCAGGCUUAACUGACAUGAAGAAACUAGCCAAGUGGGCAGCAGAAGCAAAACUUGAUCCAAAUGACCCAAACAAUGCAGCUCUGAUGCAGCUAAUCACGGUUGCUACAAGUGGAGAGGCAGACGUUCCUGACUUCUUCAGAUUGGAACAGUUGCAGCAAGAAUUUAAUUUUGUUUCUGAUGAGGAAUUUAAUAGAUCAAAGAGAUUCCGACUCUUGCAGCUCAGAAAUGGAGAAGUGGCAGAGUUCCGAAACUAUAAGCAAGUCCCUUUACAUGAACGAGAAAUCAGUGAGAAAAUCUUCAAGGACUAUGAGAAGAGACUGGAAGAGAGGGAUGUGAUUGACAGCAAAAAUUACCUAGAUGCACACAGAGCAGUUGUUGCCAACUAUCUACAGAAGGUUCGAGAAUCAGUAAUAAACCGUUUCCUCAUAGCAAAACACCAUUUCCUUCUCUCUGACCUUGUCAAUGAAGAGGAGAUUCCCAGCCUGGGUUCUGAGGGUCCAGGUAUUUUGGGACUCAGCCUCUUUAAACUGGCAGAGCCAAAACGACCAUUAAAGCCAAGAAGAAAAGAAAGGAAGAAGGUCACUGCACAGAAUUUAUCAGAUGGAGACAUAAAACUGUUAGUGAACAUUAUUAGAGCUUAUGAUAUUCCAGUGAGAAAACCAGUGAUGAGCAAACUUCAACAACCAUCCAAAUCUUUAAGGUCCUUUAAUGAGAUGUUUGCAGCCUCUCCAUCGGCUCAGAGCCCAACUAAUAGCCCAGAUUGGAUAUUCAACCAGGUUUUAGUCCGUCCUUUUGUAGAAGUUUCUUUUCAACGAACAGUCUGCCGGACAACAACAGCAGAGGGUCCGAAUCCCAGCUGGAAUGAGGAACUUGAGCUUCCAUUCAGAGCUCCUAACGGUGACUACAGCACUCACAGUUUGCAGUCAGUGAAGGAUGAAGUCUUCAUUAAUGUUUUUGAUGAAGUACUUCAUGAUGCUGUAGAGGAUGAUCAUGAAAGAGGAAUUGGAAUCCGCACUCACAUCGAGAGACACUGGCUGGGAUGUGUUAAGAUUCCAUUUACUACCAUAUAUUUUCAAGCGAGGAUUGAUGGUACGUUUAAGGUGGAUAUUCCUCCAGUCCUCCUUGGCUACAGCAAAGAAAAGAACCUGGGAAUCGAGAGAGGUUACGAUUCUGUGCGAAAUCUGAGUGAGGGCUCAUAUAUAACACUGUUCAUUACCAUUGAACCACAGCUCAUUCCUGGAGAGUCAGUCAGAGAGAAGAUGAACGAAAUGCUUAAGAAGUUUGAUACCCAAGAAGAUGAGAAAUUGCUCCAGGCAGCAGCAAAGUAUGAAGCUGAAUGUACAUCAAAGUUUCCAAGCCGCCAAUGCCUAACAACUGUAAUUGACCUGAAUGGGAAAACAGUUUUUAUUACCAGAUACAUCAAACCUCUGAAUCCACCACAGGAGCUUCUUGAUGCCAUCCCAAAUAGUUCUCAAACAGCAGCAGAACUGGUGGCUCGAUAUGUUGCUUUGAUUCCUUUUUUGCCAGAUAGUGUGUCAUUUGCUGGAAUUUGUGAUUUAUGGAGUACAUCAGAUCAAUUUCUUUAUCUUCUGGCGGGAGAUGAGGAAGAACACGCUGUGCUCCUGUGUAAUUAUUUUCUUGGUAUGGGAAAAAAAGCCUGGCUUAUCAUUGGAAAUGCUAUUCCUGAGGGACCAACUGCAUAUGUAUUAACUUUGGAACAAAGUCAGUGUGUAAUUUGGAAUCCCAGUACUGGAUGUUUUUAUGGGCAGUAUGAUACUUUCUGCCCCUUACAAAAUGUGUACUGUCUAAUCAGCUGUGAUAAUAUUUGGUUUAAUGUCCAAGAAUACGAUUCUCCAGUAAGGAUAAAUUUUGAUACCAGCAAACCAAAAUGUUGGAAGUCUUUCUUUUCAAGAAGCUUGCCAUACCCUGGUCUCUGCAGUGUUCAGCCUGAAGAAUUGGUUUAUCAGCAUUCGGACAAGGCUGCUGCAGUGGAACUACAGAGCAGGAUUGAAAAGCUAUUAAAGGAGAAGAUUAUGGAAUGGAGACCAAGGCACCUAACUCGUUGGAACAGACACUGUACUGCUACCCUACGUAACUUUCUCCCACUGCUGGAACAAAACCAAGGCAAAGAUGUAGAAGACGACCAUCAGGCAGAGCUGCAAAAACAGCUAGGAGAUUACAGGGUCUCUGGAUUUCCUAUCCACAUGCCAUUUUCGGAAGUCAGACCUUUAGUAGAAGCUGUACACAGCACAGGAGUUCAUACCAUUGAUGUUUCCAAUGUUGAAUUUGCUCUAGCUGUGUAUAUUCACGCUUAUCCCCAAAAUGUUCUCUCUGUAUGGAUUUAUGUUGCUUCACUUGUUCGAAACAGGUAGUAUAGACCAGUCAGAAUACCUCAAGAAAUUUGCUUAAGUAGGCGUAAAUAUAACAAAUUUCUCACACUGCUGCUUUGAUCUAUCCCAAGUAUUUUAAAGAUCAAAUGAGAACCUGAUUU